GCUGCUACGCCUGCUGCUGAAAAUAUGAGUUUUGAAGAGAAAAAAAACCUUCUAUUUUCAUCGCUGGAAACAGCCGAACAGAGCAUCGCGGCAGAUUCGAUUCUACACCAGCAGAUUGUGAACGAAACGGACUACAGUCUGGCGCAGCUGUCUAAGUGUCGCAUAAAACCGAUCGUCGUUGAUCGGUAUCUAGGGCGAGAAAGCAUCUUCAAACGACCAAACGCACCGAUCGGCCGGUGUCUGAAGAGGGCCAAUCUUCCGGGCUAUAAGCGUAACCCGCACAAAUGGAUCAAGUACUCGCUGGAGGAUGUAGACACAUCAGAUCGUAGCAACAUGACGGCAGCCUUUUCCUUCCUGAAGCAGAUGGAAGAGCAGCGGGAAUCGGCAGAAAACAGUAGCGGUGAUGCUAAUCCGCUAAAUUCCACGGACCAACCGUGCAGGUCAAUCGUGCGCUUUAAUCGUUCCGUAAGACUGCGCAGUCAGCUGGAUGAGGCGGACGAACCGGUGGAAACACCCGCUGAGGAUAGGCCACAGUUUAAUGGGCGAAGAGUGCUGAUGCCCGAGUACGUGGUGGGACAGAAGGUUCCAAAAAGGGCUAAGCGAGCAACGAAUCCGCGAAAGGCGGCUGGUACAAGUACAAAUGGCAAAGGAACAGAAUUACAACUGGAUCAUCUGAUGGAAGAAGAAGAAGAGGCCGAUCAAGAGGAGCAAGUGGAAAUGUAAUG